AUGUUUAGGAAAGCUGCUGUAACCACCGUCUCUAAUGGAAGCUACUUGCAGGGGCAAGCUAAUGGCAGGUUGCCCUCUAUGGACAGCGGACAGCCAGCCCAGGAGGGAAAAGUUGUGCUGAAGAAGAAAGUGACUCUUUUGAGGGGAAUAUCCAUCAUAAUUGGCACUAUCAUUGGAGCUGGCAUCUUCAUCUCUCCCAAAGGCAUCCUGAAGAACACGGGCAGCGUGGGCAUGUCCUUGACUGUCUGGACAGUGUGUGGCAUUCUCUCGCUCUUUGGUGCCCUCUGCUAUGCUGAACUAGGAACAUGCAUUAAGAAAUCUGGUGGUCACUACACCUAUAUCCUGGAGGCCUUUGGCCCGUUACCUGCUUUUGUGAGAGUCUGGGUUGAAUUACUCAUCAUUCGCCCUGCUGCCACAGCAGUGAUAUCGUUGGCAUUUGGACGUUACAUUUUGGAACCUUUCUUUAUGCAGUGUGAAAUCCCAGAACUUGCGAUUAAACUUAUUACAGCUGUUGGCAUCACGCUGGUGAUGGUCCUGAAUAGCACGAGUGUCAGCUGGAGUGCCCGCAUUCAGAUUUUCCUUACGUUUUGCAAGCUUGUAGCAAUUCUGAUAAUUAUAGUCCCUGGAGUUAUCCAGCUAAUUAAAGGAGAAACGCAGCACUUUAAAAAUGCCUUUGCGGGGAAUGAUGCCAGUGUUAUGGGAUUACCACUUGCUUUCUAUUCAGGAAUGUAUGCCUAUUCAGGCUGGUUUUACCUCAAUUUUGUUACUGAAGAAGUGGAAAACCCUGAAAAGUAUGUACCUAAUGUUUUUCUUGACAUUUGA